CCACCAGUCAGUCGGUGUUGAAGCCACCAACAGCAUUGAUACCAAGCACUUUAGUCAAGAAUCCUUCUUACCAUUAAAUAAAGCACCUACCCGUGGGUGAAAACGCUCCUGCACCUCAAUCUCUCAUCGUCAAAGACCAACACCAAUCAAAAAAAACGUUACCAUAUCAAAGAUGAAAUUGAUACUAUCAACCCUCCUCCUUGCCACCCUCGCAACAGCAACCCCCUCCUCCCCCUUCACUGGCGCAUCAAUCGAACAAUGCAACGAAGCACUCAUCGCCCGCGCCGCCCACGCCUACACAGACGCGCACUCGCACCUCGCCGCCCGUAGCAACAACAACGACAACAAGAAAAAUGACAAAAGGGCUACAAAGCCCAAAAAGCCCAAAGGAGGACAUUCAAACUCUGAAAAUGACACCGAGACUGAGAGCGCGGCUAUGGCGAGGUUCGUGCCAUCGAUGGGCGCGUUGCAGGUCGGCGUUGUGGGGUUCGGGGUGCUCGAGGUUGUGAGGCUGUGGGGGUGAAAUGGGGCAGGAUGGGGGAUGGGGAUGGGGAUGGAAAAAAUUGGGAGGCUGGGAUGAUGGCAUCUUUUAGGGGGCGCGCCGUGGGGGGGAAAAGGAUUUGUUUGUUUUAUGCGAAAAUGGGUUGUGGUAUGAUGGAUGUGAAUGGUGUUGGUUUUUUUGUUCUAGCUUAUGCUCAUUAUUGUAGAUGAAUUGGUGGCGAUGGUUGCUGAUCAUGGAGUGUUUUCAUGAUACCCCCCCCCCCCGUGUUUUGGUGGAUUUUUGUUACGUAGCUUUGCACGAUAACUAGCGGUGUAAUGUAUUUCGUUUCUGCG